AUGGAGGCCUUACGAACCAUCGUUGGCACUGAGAUUCCAUCUCAUGAGUCGGACGUAUCUGUAGACCUAUAUGAGGACUUUGUGGAACAUGCCAAGGAUCUUAGAUUUCGGGUUGACCGAUCAUCCACUCAAGCGCUACAAGAGCUCGAAGACCAAUCCGAAUUGAUCAAAAGUGCGAUUGAAACGUCAAUUCCUCCAUUGCAGACGUAUUUUGCAGAUUUGAAUGACAAGUUUAAAGCCCUGACGCACGAUUUGAACUUGGUAAGAGGAAAAUCAUUAGAGCUCAACAAGAUGUUGACGAAAAACGCUGAGGACCUAGGAGAAAUAUCACCGCUUGUCAAUGACCUUGUAAUCUCUCCAGAAAUCAUCACGCAGAUCUCGCAGGGUAAAAUAAACGAUGCGUGGGUGGAAAAUAUCGCUUAUGUGCGGGACAAACAAGAGAUUUAUUCGAAAUACAUGGAGACGGACCAAGAGGUUCCUUCUGACUUUGCAGAACUGAAGCAUCUGCUGGAUAUUUUGGAAUCAAUUAUAGUUGAGAGGAGUAAGCGUUUUAUCGUCAGCAAAAUAAAGCUUCUUCGCGACCAGCGUACCGUCCCUUCACAAAAGAUCCAGAGACAAUUACUCGAUGUCAGGGAAAUUUUCCAGUUUCUGGGGCAAAAAAAUUACUCCCUGGCUCUAGAGCUUAGACAGGCGUACGCAUAUACCAUGAGGUGGUACUAUAAGCAGUUUUUCGGUCGUUACAUGCGGUCUCUAACGAUUUUGCAAUUCUUGGUAAUUGACUCGAAUUACGCGUUGGGCCGUGGACUCUCGACGACGCCAAUUUCGACUACAGACAGAUUUGCGAACUAUUUCAGUGGAAGCUACAGAGCGUCAGCGCCAACCAAUCAGAUGAUAAACGAUUACUUCCAGAUUGAAAAACGGCUCUCAGUGUUGACGCAGGAGGACAACACUGUGAUGGUAUCUCAAAUCGCAGAGAAUAAUAACGUCCCCAAUUAUCUCGAAGUAGGCUUCAAGAAUCUCAACCUGGCGCUCCUAGAUAACUGCUCGGUUGAGUUUUCAUUCAUCACUGAGUUUUUUCAAACAAGCGACAGCACAGAAGACUUGCGGGGUAUCUUGGAACAGAUCUUCCAGCCCACCUUCGAUGAAGCCAUGGAAUACACUAAACGUCUAAUUUCACCCAGUUACGAUAUGUUUGGAGUACUCAUAAGCAUAUGGAUAUCCCACCAUUUACAAUUUGAAUCUCAAAAACGGCUAGUUCCGGUAUUUGACGAUUUUCUGAACGGACAAUUGAUGUUACUGUGGCCAAAAUUCCAGCAACUUGUAGACUUUCAAUGCGAAAACCUACGCAGCUUCCCCAUUUCAGUCACAGGCAAAAGCUUUGCGGGCAGGAAGGAAGAAUCUGAUCCCUCCGCUACCACGCACGAACUAACCGUUCAAUUCUCCAAAUUCCUGACCAGCAUACUUCUGCUUUCUCUGGAACACAAAGAGAGUGUUGACGAGAGAUCUGAGCCGUUGUACAACUCGAUCAUACGGAUCAGGAAUGAUUUUGAAACCAUCAUGACCAAGUGUAGUAAGAAGACUAAAUUUCCAGAGCGAUUCUUGGCCCUGAACUACACAUACUUACUAAACGCACUGCAGAAAAACUCACUGAGUCAGGAAAAGAGAGAACAGGAAGGUUACCCACCCUCUUUGAUCUUCCAAGAGACCAAAAGCCAUCUGGAGGAGCUUGUGAAGGCCUUCAGCACAAUCACGUGA